AUGGAUCUUCUGCCUGUGCUGCGAUCCCAGGUUCACGUUCAAACGACCGACGGGCGCCUCCUAGCGGGCAAGCUGUUAGCGUUCGACGCUCAUAGCAAUUUAUUACUCAGCCACUGUACAGAACGUCGCGGGGAAUCAGCGAAACGCUACUUGGGCAUGGUGCUGGUGCGCGGGGAGCAUGUGCUCGCAGUUAUCACGCCCAGAAUCACGGAAACUGAACAGAAAACUGCCGCAUCUGAAUGA